AUGUGGCCUAACCACUGCCACCUCGAAUCCUACACCAAACCCGGCCAGUCCCCGGUGCUGGGGCCGCAGGUGCGAGCGCCACGCUGGCACAAGCCCCUGCUGGCCCAGCCCGGAUGGUCAGGGGAGGGCGGAAUGCCCGCCACAGCCCCCGACAUGGCUUGGAAAGGCCGGCCGGCCCGAGGUACCGUCUACAUCAUCGGUGGGAUGUUCGUGGGUGGACACCAACACCACUUCCAGUUGAGGGACCUCACUCCUCUCGGUCAAGUGGACCUUUGGACACAAACGACGAAGGGCUGCGCGUGCAGUUUUAAUUCGUCCAGCAACGAAUGCGCGUGCUGUGUCCCAUCCGGAGCAUGCAGUUGCGGCGUCGCGUCGCCGGACAGAUGCGCUCAGUGCGGCUUGGAGCAAUACUGCGCCAACAUGUGCAACAUAACGCUGGACAGCAGACAGUUGCUGAGCAAAUCGGAUCAUAGCUUUGGGCAAAUAAAGUCGCCACCCCUUGAAGGACCCUCGAGGUGUACCUACAGGUUCGUACCGGACACUGGCCAGAGAGUCGAGCUGCAGAUCCAUCGACUAAUCUCCAUUGGUAGACAUAACGGCACCGUGUGCGAGGGUGGUUGGCUUCAGCUAGAAGGCGGCGCUAGAGUUUGUGGCCACGACAAACGUUUCCAACAACCAGUCGUGUUGUUCUCCGACAAACCUAUGCCGAUCCUUCACAUGCAGAUAAACGAGAACACAACGAGAUCCCAAUUCCUCGCGUACUUCAGUUUCUCCUCGAAGACGAACGUGUCCGUUGGCUGGCCCGUAAAAGGCGGAGAUCCGGUGAACAACACUGAGUGCGACUGGGUUUACGAGGACACCGACUGCCGCGACGGAUGCGUGCUAGCCAGCCCCGGAUAUCCUGGCCUAUAUCCCCCGAACAUCCGGUGUCUCUACUUAAUUACUUCCGGCCAGCGAAUGUCCAUCGCGAUUAACUUCACCGAUGUGCUUCUACCUUACAAGUGA